CUUAUUUCUGUCGCAAUCUUCAAGAUCACAACAUUGAAACGACAGUGUAACGGCCAAAAUGAAAGCCAUUUGGCUCCUGUGUUGCUUAGCAGCGUUGGCAACUGCCUCCGCUUUCUCCAUUUCUCCGAGGCAAAAUCUGGAGACACUAUGUGUAGGGAAAGCAAACUUCCUACGCAUCGCCGUAAUGGGCAGCUGUUCCAGGUAUUAUCAAUGCUAUGCAGGCAGAACAUACACAAUGGGAUGCCCGCCUAGUUCGUGGUUUAAUGAAGCAAGACAGAUUUGUGACAGAGCAAAUAUACCGCCUUCUUGUCCGAGUUCUGAUCCGGACCUGGAGCCGGAGCCUCAACCUCAACCCGAACCCGAGCCUGAACCUGAAAUAGAACCCGAGCCAGAAGUAGAGCCAGAGCCUGAGCCGGUCGAUCCGGAUGAAGAGUCUGUCGAAGAUAAUUCGAAUGAGAACGACAACGAGGAUGAAGAUAACAUUAACUCUGAAGAAGUUAACGAUGACGAUGAUGGCGAAAAUGAUGGUUCAGGUGAUGAAGAAAACGGUGAAGGCAAUGAUGACGGCGAAGUUGACGAUGAACAAAGUGAUAACGAUGAUGUUGAUGGUGACGACACUGGCGAUGAACAAAAUGACGAUGAUGAUGGGGAGGAUAUUGCCGAUGAACAAAGUGAUAAUGAUCAAGAAGCUGUCGUUAAAUAUAUAAAAUCACCAAAACUAACACAAGAAUCUGAAGAUGAAAAAGAUGUCAAAGAACUAAAAUCUAGACAAGAGGAGGUGGAAGAUGACGAUAAUAAUGAUGAACCUAGUGAUGUGGAAGCAGAAGAGGAAGAAAGUGAUAAAAAAAUGAGACAAGAAGAAUCCAAUGACGAUGUAAUCGAUGGUGAAGAAAUAGAAUCAGGAGACGUGGAGGAUAUUGAAGAUAAGAAAACAAAACAGGAAGAAUCCGUAGAUGACGCAGGAGAUGAAGAAAUAGAAUCAGGAGACGUGGAGUAUAUUGAAAAUAAGAAAACAAGACAAGAAGAAUCCGAAGAUGAUGCUGUAGAUGAAGAAACAGAAUCAGGAGAGGUGGAGGAUAUUGAAAAUAAGAAAACAAGACAAGAAGAACCCGAAGAUGAAGCAGGAGAUGAAGAAAUAGAAACAGAAGACGCGGAAGAUAUUGAAGGCAAGAAAACAAGACAAGGAGAAACUGAAGACAAUGCAGAAGAUGAAGAUACAGAAUCAGGAGACGCGGAGGAUAUUGAAGAUAAGAGAAUAAGACAAGAAGAGCCUGAAGAUGAUGUAGAAGAUGAAGAUACAGAAGCAGGAGACGCGGAGGAUAUUGAAGAUAAGAGAAUAAAACAAGAAGAGCCUGAAGAUGAUGCAGAAGAUGAAGAUACAGAAGUAGGAGACGCGGAGGAUAUUGAAGAUAAGAGAAUAAGACAAGUAGAGCCUGAAGAUGAUGUAGAUGAAGAUACAGAAGCAGGAUACGUGGAGGAUAUUGAAGAUAAGAGAAUAAGACAAGAAGAGCCUGAAGAUGAUGCAGAAGAUGAAGAUACAGAAGCAGGAGACGCGGAGGAUAUUGAAAAUAAGAAAAUUAAACAAGAAGACACUGAAGAUGACGUAGAAGAUGAAGAUACAGAAGCAGGAGACGCGGAGGAUAUUGAAGAAAAGAAAAUUAAACAAGAAGAAUCUGAAGAUGAUGCAGAAGAUGAAGAUACAGAAGCAGCAGACGCCGAAGAUAUUGCAGAUAAGAAACCAAGACAAGAACAAUCUGAAGACGAUGAAAAUAAUGCAGAGGGUGAUGAAGAAGUUAAUGAGGGAAAUGAUGAUGAAGAAGAGGGAGAUAGAAAUGAAGAGAAUGCUAAACGUAAAGAAACAAGACAAAACGAAUCUGAAAGUAACGAAGACGAUGUAGAAGAGGCUGAAAAUGAUGAUGAAAGUGAAAAUAAUGUAAGAAAGUCGGUGAAACAGGAAGAAACCGAGGAUAACGAAUUGGAUGAGGAAGAACAAAAUGAAGAAUCUACUAUUUCACGAUUCUUUAAGAAACUUUUCAGAUUUUCCGCUUGAGAUAUUCGCAUUCGUAAGCAUUUCGUAAUAGAAUAUGCCAUUGUAAUGCAGUAGUCUACGCCUAGUUUAAGUACAAACCUUAUUUUAAGUAUUAUUAUUAUUAUAAACACUUUGUGCAAUUUUGUAAAUAUUGUGUGCGAGA